GUUGGAACUGAAGGAACACUUCUACCCGAUCGAAGCUCCCAUACGAAUCUCCAAUCUUUCUUCCAUUCCCCUCUCCUUCUUCAUAAGCACUUUUCGAAUCAUGAUCCCGCUCGCAUUCAGGGCUACCAUCAGGUCAACCGCCCGUCUGGGACAGCAGCGUCCCCUCGUCGCUGCCUCUGCCGCUGGAACUGCCCCUCGUCAGGCGCUCUACUCGCUCCGUCAGACUGCUCGCGCCUACGCCUCGGCCCCCAGUGCCACAGCAACUCACCACACUGCCCAUCACCCUAAUUCGGAUGCUGCCUGGGUGAUCGGUUCCCUGCUUUUCUUUGGCCCUAUGAUUUAUAAAUUGACAGCCCCCCCACCAAGGAAAAAGACUGCUGAGGCCAACCAUCACCAUGCCGCAACCUCUUCGCACAAAAAGGAGGUCAAGCAGGACCUCACAGAUGAUGCCGAGGAAGAGGAUCAGGAAGUUCCUGCUGCGAAAUACGAAAAGGAUUUCUACCCUUACAUCCUGAUCGGUGGUGGAACGGCGUCGUUUGCUGCCAUGGAGGCCAUUCGUGAGAAGGAUCCUUCGGCUGCUAUUUUGAUCAUCGGUAACGAGGAUAUCGGACCUUAUAUGCGUCCCCCAUUGUCAAAGGAGAUGUGGUUCAAUAAAUCCGAGGAGACCACUGAGAAGCUCUCCUUCAAGGACUGGCAGGGCAAGGAGCGCAAUAUUGUGCUGCAGGGCAAGGAAAAGAUUGAGGCGUUGGACCAGGAAGCGCUUGAUGAAAUCGAGUCUGCAGAGAGCGGUGUCAAGUUAUUGACGGGCGUGACCGUCUCAGAUCUCAAUGUCGCAGAGCAGACCAUCACGUUGAACAGUGGCAAGUCCCUGAAGUACGGCAAGGUUCUCCUGGCGACGGGCGGUACCCCCAAGACUCUGCCUAUUCUCAAGGACGCUGGAGAGGACAAGGUCACGACCUACCGCUCUGUCGAGGACUUUAAGAAGCUCCAUACAUUGGUCAAGUCCUCUGGCAAGAAGAUUGUCAUUGUUGGAGGCGGUUUCCUCGGCAGUGAACUUGCCGUCGCUAUCUCUCAUUAUGGUAAGGACAAAGAUGUAAAAGUGACGCAAGUUUUCCCUGAGGACGGGAACAUGGGCUUGGUCUUCCCCCGGUACCUCUCCAAGUGGACGACCUCUCAGGUGGAGCAGGAAGGCGUUGUUGUAAAGGCCAAUUCCCGUGUAGCCUCGUCCAAGGCUGUGGACGGUCAGGUUGAAUUGACGCUCGAGAACGGCGAGAAGAUCCUUGCGGACCAUGUGGUUGUCGCUGUUGGUAUUGAGGCAAAUGUCGAUCUCGCCAAGAAAGCUGGACUGGAGAUCGACGAAAUCCGUGGCGGUGUUGCAGUCAAUGCUGAGCUCCAAGCCCGCCGCAACGUUUACUGCGCAGGAGAUAUGACCUCCUUCCAUGAUGUGACCCUGGGCCGUCGUCGUGUGGAACACUACGAUAAUGCGAUUUUGGGUGGCCGUGUUGCGGGACAGAACAUGGCUUCGGAUGACUUGCAUAAGACGUACAAGCACCAAUCGAUGUUCUGGUCUGAUCUUGGACCCCAUAUUGGUUAUGAGGCUGUUGGUAUUCUGGACUCGAAGCUGUCGACGGUGUCGAUCUGGACAAAGAAGCCUACAGUCGCUGCCGCAGCAGCAUCGGAUGACGAUGGUAAGAAGGAGGAAUCCAAGGCUGUAACACCAUCAACUAAGACAACGGCGGCAGCAGGGUCUGAGAAGGAGGGCAAGCGUGAAAGGGCGACGGCUACACCAUUGCCUGCUGAGGCAGUGAAGGUCGAGGACAAGGAGAAGUACAACAAAGGCCUGGUGCUGUACCUGAAGGACAAGAAGAUUGUGGGUCUGCUGAUGUGGAACAACUUUGGCAAAGUCGACGACGCACGCAAGAUUCUUGGCGAGGUGUACGACACCGAGAAAGUUGAGGCCCUCGUCAAGCCCUUUGGCAUCCAUGAGGACUAAGCGAUACCGUGUUGUCGCGGGAAGCAAGGAGGCGGCAUCUUUAUUGCGGAUCAAAUUACAGACAAGCACAGUAAACAUGCGUAAGCAAUACCUAUAGAAAGAGAACAUCUAACGGAUUAUCAAGGGUAUCAUGGUUUUUGAUACAUUGUUCAUGCCAUGAUGCGAUGCAUUUGAUUGUGGGAGAGGGGGGAGAGGGGGAUUGAAACAUUUGAAAGAUGAAAUGCUGAUAAGAAAAAUAAAAAUAAAUCGCC